ACGGCCCUGGAGCAGGCAGUGGCAGCCGUGGGCCCCGUGUCCGUGGCGGUGGAUGCCAAUAGCUUCUACUUCCACUUCUACAAGUCAGGCAUCUUCAGCAGCACGUCUUGCAGCCAGAAGGUAAACCACGGGAUGCUGGCUGUGGGCUACGGCACGAGCCAGGAGCAUGGACGCAACGUGAGCUACUGGAUCUUAAAGAACAGCUGGUCAGAGGUGUGGGGUGAGCAGGGCUACAUCCGCCUGCUGAAGGGUGCCAACAACCUGUGCGGGGGCCAGGCCAGCUUCCCCGUGCUGUGA